UGUGCACUCCCCCUUCCGCUCCUUGCUUCUUGCUUCUUGCUUCUCCUUCCUCUUUCCCCGGCCAAUGUAAUCCCGCCGUCGCAUGUCUAUUUGUUUAAUUCGUGCUUCGUACCUUGCACUUGUAAUUCUUCUCUCUGAACUUGCUCCAGGCUUUGGCCCCUGGUCUCGUUUCCUCAUUUUGUUACCGCUCUUUUCUCUUGGCUUCUCUUCUUACUACGAGACCUUCACCUCGGUUGUCUUCCCCUCUUUCUUUUCCUUCUUCCAUCUCGUCUCACACGCCGAGAACAGUCCCUUCACUUGUCUGUGUAUGCGCUCUUUAUCGAUUUCACUCCGUACCACCCGCACCGACACAGACACCGGCCACGACACCGGCCACGACAGGAUCCGAGAUCUCGGCGGUCGAGCCUUUCAAACUUACACACAAUCGUUUCUUUUUGUCUAGGAAGUAUUGGUCUUUGCGGUCCAGUACCUACAGUCUGGUCUCCCGAAGCACCGCGCUGCCGUCACUCGCUGUCUUCUAACCCAACCCAUUUGCUUACCUUUC